AUGAGAUCCAUGCACGAGAUGGCAAAUCUGAUGCUUUGUUUUCGAGCGCACAGCAUAGUUCUACCCAGUAACCUGUCGCAUCUCCCGGCCGAUAGCCACCCGAUCGAGAAAACAAUAUACAUUGCUCGUCGUAGUACAACAGUAGGCGCUCUGCAUGCAUGCAUGCAUGCCUCAAGGCUACCAAAACCCGACCUUCUUUUUUUCUCUUACUUUUUCCUCUCUCUCGGAAAAAAGCAUCACAUGUCCAUCGUCAUGUGCAUCAGACGAUCCAGACAAUAUCUUAGGUUUGUGAUAGGAAGGCAGACAGAUACGAGAUAG